AGUGAGAGGGAGCCAUAAUGACUGUUACUACUCCCAGUGUAAAUCAGAGCGAUUUCCCCACCUUCGCACCAGGACCCGGGCAGGGAAUUUAACACCCCUCAGCUUUUUUAACACACAUAACAAGUGUUUCUGUGCUGUUUCCGGAUUAUUAGUCUGUAUUUAUUUUUAAUUAAUAUUUAAUACUAAGAUAAAUAUGAUUAUACGGUAGAACGCGCUCCUCUGGAAGUUUCUUAUCCCGCGGCUCUCUCUCUCUCCUGUCGCACUUUCCGCGCGGGGCUAUAUGGCGCUGGAAGCGCGUCCGGAGCUCGCGGGCCGGCGCUUCGUGUGCGCGAGCGGCGCGGGGACGCUGGAGCUCGGCGAGAUCUCGCGCUGGAACUGGAGAGCCGGGGUCAUCCGCGGCGUGAGCACGCGCGACACGGAGAGCCCGAGGCUAGCGGUGUGUGUGGAAUGGGAUGGUGAGGCGGGAGCUGAGCGUCACUGGAGGAGGCUGAAAGAGGAAUGGGAGGUGUUUGUGGUGGAGCAGGAGCUGGUUUGGGCCAAGAGGAAAAACAGCACCUCGCAGGAGAACAGCUCUCUGCAACCUGCACUGGUUUUCCUGCCAUUGAUUGGCCAGGACAGAGUGGGUGAGAUGUCAGUGGUGGAGUUUGUGUCUGAUCGACAACUGGAGUUCUACACAGAGCAAGAAGAGCUGCGUCCAUUUGAGCAGAGUGAAGUGGACAACUCAGCCCUCAGAGAAGAUACUUCGUGCCGGGAGCAGGUCCAAGCCUGGCUCAGACAGCGGCAGCUCCAGCACAUUCUUCAGCUAGGGCACGGCUGUGUGAAAGGCCUUAGGGUAAAAGUGUUCAGACAUGACUCCAAACCCCAGUGGCUCUAUGGUACCGUCAGUCACCAUGAUCACAACAGCGGAACCAUGACUAUUUUGAGCGACCAGGUAUCAGAGCCUCCUCUGAGUGUAGACCCAGCACUUACACAGGUGGUUUUCCUGGACGAUAUCAGGCAGUCAUUAUUGCUGGGAGAAAACUCCACUACUAAAUGCAAACCUCACGUCAGGAUCAACAGGACUACGUUGAACACAAUAAACAGGUCAAACAACACUACACUGACUGACCAGGCGUGUAGCUCCAGGCCAGUGCAGAGGAAACAACCUCAACUGUGCCGACAGAACUCCAACUGCAGUCUGGCCGAGGACGAAGCGGAGGAGAUGAGGGAGAAUAAGAGAGCUGAUGAAGUGAGAGCAGAUUCCUCCAAAAAUAGGAUAAACCAUGUGGAGAGGAAGAGGAGGAAAAUGGGGGAGGAGGAAGAGCAGAAUGAAAAGGAGAAGAGAAGAGUUGGCCUAAAGAGGAUUAAAGCCGGCAGUGGCUCUGACCUGUCUGAUGGCAGUGAUUCGGAGGAUAGCAGCUGCAGACUGCAGGAAAUGUCCUGUGUUGUGGGGUCAAACAACUUACCUAGAAACUGCUGCAUUUCAAACAGGCCAGCUGACCACGAGACAGCUCAUAGUCUUCCUGUGGGGCGUACGGUGCAGGACUUGAUAACUCGCUCCUCCCCUAAAGGCAAGGAGCAUUCUCCCAGCCACAUUUCGGAGCUUGAUGGGCAGCGGGUGGGGGAAAGCCCUCACUCUGAAGUCCGUUUACCCAGCCCAUCAUGCAAUGGAACAUUUCAAAGCACUGGAGUUCCAGACCCACAGUGCACUGAGGGACCAGGGUGUGAUAAAACAGAGGAGGAGAGAGGUGCUGGAGAGGUACUAGAGGACAGGAGUGAAGGAGCGUCCCAGGAGGACUCAGAGGCUGUGUCUGCCUUACUGGCAUCCCAAGAGAGUGAGCAGCUGGUUUCUAUGGAGACGGCGUGUGUGUUGCUGCACACAUCAUCACCAGAGUGUGAAGCAGUGGAGGGUGACCAGGAGAAUCCACAGAAUGAUCCAGAGGUCAGAGGAUCAGCUCUAAACCACCCGGAAGCCGCCACCUCUAGAAGUGAAUCAGCAGCCUCAUUAGAGGAAGAGUCUAGGGGAGCUCUGACUCAGUCUCCCAUCAUGCCAUGCAAUGCGGAGGUAGAAGCUGGGAAGGUAGCUAAACUGAGUCAGUCUCCGGGAGCUAGUAGUGGUCCUGAGCUCAAAACUGCACUUGUUUCAGAAAUGACCCACAAACCCACUGUGCUCCCCAGUCCUUGCUCCUCUCCAGAGAUCAUCUCCAAACCACCUGUAGUGACAGAAGCAUCCAGAUUAAGGCUAAAUGAAUCUCCUGAGGUUAGCAGAAUCAAAGAGAGCAGUUCUCCUAUUAAAGUUACUACAGCAAAAGCUCUCAUUGGCCUUAAAAGUACACCUGGUCCCAAAGUAACCUGCUCCACAAUCCUGAAUCGUAGCCAUGCAUCUCCCCCUCUUCCAACUGACCAACCAGCCCGGUCCAGAACUCCUCCACAGAAUCUUUCUGCUGUUCUAGAUAAACCAACUAAGAGCCCAUUGAUCAUCGACAAGAACGAGCCCUUCACUGUCUACAGAGACCCAGCACUCGUGAGGAAAGAGCUAGAGAACCACCCAACCUACAUCCAACCUGCACACACACCACCAACCCCCCACUCCAAACACCACCUGAAGAGCCCCCCGCCGUCCUCAAGCUCUCCUAACCUCACCUCAACAUCUUCCCAUGCUAAGAUUCUCAGCCCCACUCCCCACCUCUCCCUUCCUUCCCAGACUCCUCUUUGCUCUCCACACCCCUCCAUCCCUCAUCCCCACUUGUUACCCUCCCUGCUGCCUGGCCUGCCCCCCUCAACAGCUCUCCUGGCUGGUCACACUCGGCUGGGGCCUCUAGGUCUCCCCCAUCACCCACUAGCUUUGCAGCCCACACCCUCUCUCUUAGCCCAAAGCGCAGGAACCAGCCACCUGGCACCACUGGGCUUGUACCCACUUCUCUGGCCACCGUUCCCCAAUGGAGCCCACAACUAUGGUCUGGGCCUCCAGGGCUCUAAAUGGGCACCACCAGAGAGUGCUGGAAUGUAUGAGGCUAACUUGAGAAGGAACACACCAAGCCCCUGGCUUCCUCAGCCCACUCCUGUAGCCAGUGCAGAAGGUCAGGGGUUAAGAACACCACUGCCUGUGCGCCCAUCGAGUGCUGACCCGCAUAGAGUGUCCAGAGCUGUCCAGCCCAGCACCCCCACCUCAAAAACCACAGAGGAGCUUGAGAGGAGGGCUUUCACAGAGACCCAACGCAUGAUUCACACACCUAUAAAGAUAGAACAAGAAAGAGUUAGGGCCACAGUGGAGAGGAAUGGGCACAACUACCGCCCAGUUGCCCCGGAGUCGCCUUCUAAUUGCCCAAAACAGCCUCAGGUGGUCUACGACCUCACAGGCGAUCGAACCAGCCACUACCAAGAGGAGAGCCGGCGCAUUUUACAGGAGAGCAUUGAAGUGGCGCCGUUUACAGCCAAACUGGGUUCAGACAGAGAAGCAAAGUAUUCCAAGAGUCCUGUGAUUCAUUCCAAACAGAGAGAGGGGGAGCGUGAAAGAGACAAGGAGCAAGAAAGAGAGAUGCAUGUGUUCAGACACAGUCUGCCACCCAGACCACAAUCAGCCCACCCUUCCCCCACACACACCCAGACCAACUACUACACCCCUGUGACUGGAGGUGUGGAGAACAAGUCUUCAGCACGCAGGGCCCCACCCAGCAAAGAGCUGUAUGAGAGGCUGAGUGGCCCCAACACUGCUCCCUCUGUCCUCCAUUCAGCCAGCACACAGAGCACAGUCAAGGCCAGGCCCCCACCCCUUGUAAAGCGCCACCCUGAGAAAGAGGAAGGGCUCCUGGGCAAGAUCGCAGAACAGUUGGCCUGUAAAGCCAAAUCAAUGAUCUCAGUGGAGCCAGUGGAACACUGCUGUAUAGAGAGAAAGGGCUCCUCCACUUCUCUCAUCUCCAUCUCUAACUCUUCUUCUCGUGCUGUACACUCUCUGCACAGGGCACCCAUCUUCCACCCUCCUGCUCCACCCGUUGUGGCCUCUAAAGAGGCAGGACAAGGUAGAUUGUCUCCACCCACACUGACACCUAUCCAGCCAAUGAGCUUAUCUGGAAAAGCUCAGAAUCAACAGAGACCACCCACACUAAUGCCAGAACUUAGACAUGGAGCAGUUGCCGGUAAAAGGAUGGCCCCUGAGCCGAUAAAUGUUACGAGCCAAACAUAUGAUUUACAGAGAGGUGGAGUUUUGCACAACCGAGAGAGAGUGGUGGGAGGUCAAACGACAAAUGGAGGAAUGAUUACUCCACAGUCUGCCACAGCUUCUGUUAUUGUUCGACCAUCCAGCUACGUGCAUGCACCCAUGAACUACUCUGUCAGUGAAAGGUCGCUUCCCCAAGCUCACUGUGAACAUGUGCGGACAUUUGAAAGUGUGCCAACUACACACUUAAAGGAAAGUAGUAGUGUGCAAUGUAAGAGGGGUGUCCUGUGGACCCCUGUGGACACUGUUCACCCAGUCAACAUGGUCACUUCAAAGCAGGAUGUUAAUGUACCCUUAAAUAUGACAACUAAAAAUAUGAAUUCCACUUAUUUUAACAGUCGUGGAGUAAAAUAUUCAGCAAAUAUAGAAACACCUUACUCACGAGCAGAUGUAGUAACUGAACAUUGUAAAAAGGAGGCCAUGGUAGUUCAGCCAAAUCUGGAUGUCUCAUCCGUCUCCUGCUGCCCUACUAGAGACAUACCCCAUGUGAAGAAACGUCGAGCUGGACUAGCUGCCCCAGAACCAAGACAUAACACAUAUACAGUUCAGCCCCUUCACACUACACAAACAUUGAAUGUUAACAAGAAUGUUUUACAAAUGCCACACAGUAGAUAUAGUACUUACAUUACACACAGCACACACACCAUUUGUACUGCACAUGCUUUGAACAGAGAGACAGACUCAGUAUUCAAUCCUAGCCCUCCAAAAUGUCCCAGGUUAUCCUCCGAAGUCCCUAGUGUUGGGGAAACUAGCAAGCCCUGCUCAGUGACCAAAGGUCAUCCACCAGCUCUUUCGGUCCAUACAAACCAGCCCGCACAGUCUGGUCAGAACAACUACCACAAGCUAAAAAAGGCCUGGCUGACCCGCCACUCUGAGCAGGACAGGGGUAGUGCCAACCCACAGGUAGCAGGAGGCAGUCAGAUUGAUGCUACCAUCACUACCACAAGCUAUAACACUCCACCAAUAAAACAGGAGGUAAAUGGCCUGGAGAACAAAUGGUCCAACCAAGAGAGCAAAGAAUCCUGUAUGGACAAGAGAAAGUCUAAGUCGCUGGAAAGAAAAUGCCUACCAGAGGACAGGAAGUCCAAUGGAAGUGAUACAAAAACUAAAACUGAUGACAAGAAACCUGUCAUGGGCGACAAGAAAGCUACCCUAGAAGAUAUAAAGCCCAUUUUGGACAGGAAUGGUAACUUGGAGGAUAAGAAACCGAGCUCUCAAAACAAGAAGGUGUGUGCUGAUGAAAAGAAACCAACCCCCAUCACCGUUAAGACAGAAAAGGGUAAGGGCAAUUGUGGAGACAAACAUGGGGAUUCGGGCAAUGAAAGCGAGAAUCGCAAAUCUGUCAAUGGUGGAAAACGCCAGCCGAAAUCGAUACACAUAAAGAAGCAGAAUGAGCAGCAGAAGAAGAGAGGAGAUCAUGUAAAAGAGGAGAACGAGGAGGAUGAAGAAGAGGAAGAGGGGAAGUCUAAUGUAAAUCUCCGAACGACCAAAGAGAAAUCUCUGCACCGGCUGCCCAACACCAAUGGCAUUCCUCGAUCAGUGCUGAAGGACUGGAGGAAGGUGAAAAAGUUGAAGCAAAGUGGCGAAGCCUUCCUGCAGGAUGAUUCGUGCGCUGAGAUCGGUGCCAAUGUGCAAAAGUGUCGCGAGUGCCGGCUGGACCGCUCUCGCAAAGCCCAGGAGCCUGCCAUCUCUCCAGUCUUCUGUCGCUUCUACUACUUCCGCCGACUGUCAUACAGCAAGAAUGGAGUGGUUCGUGUGGAUGGAUUCUCUGUUGCCGAGGACACGGAUGAGGAUGCAGUGAGGGUCUGGAUGGCUGGAUUUGAGAUUGAAGAUGAGUGGAAUAAAAAGGAGAUGGAGCUGAACUUGGCCAAAUAUAUCCUCACACUCAUAGGAGACAAAUUCUGCCUGCUAGUCAAGACUGAGAACAUCGCUGUAACCUGGGUCAAAAAAGAAACCCAGGUGAUGUGGAAGCGGGCAGUGCGAGGUGUGAGAGAGAUGUGUGAUGCGUGUGAGGCCACUUUGUUCAACAUACACUGGGCCUGUCACAAGUGUGGUUUUGUAGUGUGCAUGGACUGCUACAAAGCCCGCGAGAGGAAGAGUGCCAAAGAUAAAGAACUGUAUGCCUGGGUCAGGUGUGUAAAAAACCAGCCCCACGACCUGAAGAAUCUAAUGCCCACCCAAAUAAUCCCAGAAACAGUGCUGACAGGUUUGCAGAGUGCCAUACACACCAUAAGGAGAGAAUAUGGCAUCCCCUCCCACUGCUCCUGCUCUGGGAGUUCUCUCCCAGCCUUCUCUCCCAAACCCAUCACGACCAACGGCCUCUCACUGCUUUCAGAGAAAACACAGUGUGACUCGAAAAGCCAGCAUAGCUCACCAAAAGCCCCUGAUCAACAGAAGAGUGCACAAGACGCAGUUCACAAGACCCCCACAGAGAGGAGAGGAAAGUCAGACUGUGAUGGCUUGGAGGUUCUAGGCAGGAAGUCCAGCAGUCCAGAGCAGGGAUCCACCUUGCGUGACCUUCUGACCUCUACAGCUGGGAAACUGCGCCUGGGGUCUACUGGCCCUGGAAUAGCCUUUGCACCUGUUUACAACAGUACUGAUCAGAACACUCAGAACGCUCGUAUGCCCAAUCUCCUUGAUGACAUCAUAGCCUCGGUAGUAGAGAACAAGAUUCCCGCCUCCAAGAUAGCCAGACUAGGGCUGAAGCAGGACUUGUUGACGGAAGAGGAGGUGGAGUUAGGACUGGAGGAGGCGAAGCCCGAACAACUCUCAUUGGCUGACCCCCAUGCCAGUGUCCCUCAUGAUUGGCUCGGCAGCCACCGGCUGCUCUGGCUUAAAGAUCACCGUCACCUAGGCAACCAAAGACUGUUCAAAGAGAACUGGACACAAGAGCAGCCGGUGCUGGUCUCUGGACUGCAGAAGAGUCUGAAUGCCAGUCUUUGGAAACCGGAGCACUUCAGCAAAGAGUUCUCCGCUCUCCACAGUGACAUCUACAACUGCCGUGAUGGAAGCAUCACAAACUCCCGUGUCAAAGAAUUCUGGGAUGGAUUUGAGGAUGUAUCAAAGAGGCCUAAAUCUGCUAAAGGUGACCCGGCAGUAUACAGGCUGAAGGAUUGGCCAUCUGGGGAGGAGUUCCUGGCUCUCAUGCCAUCCAGGUAUGAAAACGUGAUGAGCUUUCUGCCGGUUCCGGAUUACACUGGUCCGGAUGGCACUCUCAACCUGGCCUCACGCCUGCCAUCAUUCUUUAUCCGGCCAGACCUGGGCCCUCGCCUCUGCUGUGCUCAUGGUGUGACAGCAUGCCCAGAGCAGGACUUUGGAACCAGCAAUCUGCAUGUUGAAAUCUCUGACACCAUGAAUAUUCUUGUCUAUGUGGGCGUAGCCAAAGGCACAGGAGCUCUCUCUAAAACAGGAGUAUUGAAACUCUUAGAGAGAGAGGUUCUGGAUGAAAGUGCAAAGAAGAGGCUGAAAGAUCCCAAUGAAACUCCAGGCGCACUGUGGCACAUCUUCUUGAGUAAAGACCUCCACAAGAUCCAGGAGUUCCUUCAAACGCUUUCAGCAGAGCAUGGUGAAGCGGAUACUGAAGCUGACUCUGAUGCAGAGUGUGAGAGUGAAGCGGACCCCCUGCGAGAAGGCGGCUGGUACCUGAGCCCUAGACUACGACAAAGAUUGCUGGAGCAGCAUGGCGUGGAGAGCCGCACUUUGCUCCAGUUUUAUGGAGACGCCGUCAUCAUUCCGGCUGGGGCACUACACCAGGUUAUGAAUUUGCACAGUUGCAUCCAAGUAAAUGUGGACUUUGUCUCCCCUGAGCACGCCCACAACUCCUAUUACCUGACCCAGGAGCUCCGCCCCCUCAAAGACCAAGUCAACUAUGAGGACAAACUGCAGGUGAAGAACAUCAUCUACCACUCAGUGAAAGAUGCUGUAGCUACACUGAGCAGGCACUUAAAGGAACAAGUGGAUGAGUUUAAGGAGGAAGAGUCCUGACAGCACCCCUCCUCUUCCUCAGACCAGUCCCUAGGAGCAUGAGUCUUCACAUUCUUAAUGGAGGAAACCAGUAGCCUGAGACCCAAAACUGGAGCUGCACACUUCACACCAAUGAAGCGAAAACACACUUUUGCUUCCAUUGCAAAGACGCAUCACUUCCUCCAUGAUGUCACUGUCUUCUCAUUUGAUCUGAUUCUCUUCUCCUCCUCCCUGAUGUCUUCCUGCUCGGACAGGAAGUGAGAUUAGGAGCUGAGGCAUGACUGAACCAGAGGGACAGAGGAAGUUCAUCUCUCUCUUCCGAGCAAGUAGCUGCUGUAAUGCUGCUGGGCAAGAAGAGUAGUGAACUGCUAAGCACAGCACUUUCAGUCUCACACGCUGUGUGUAUACUAGGCUGUGGGAAAGAAACCAUUGAAAAAGAACAACUGCAAUGUUUCUUUGUUUUUGUUUUGUUUCGUUUUUUUUUUUUUUUUCAGAUAAAGAUGCUCUAAGACAUACUCUUAAUCAGUAGUUAUCUUAUCAUGCUGCUAACAGUUUAGUUACUCUGUCUGCUAAGGUUCAGACAGGUGGGGGAGCAGCUAGCCCAACAACCAUAGCAGCAUUCCUUUAUGUCAGCCAACGCCAAGCUGUUAGCUGUUAUUGUUUAUUUCAAUGGCGAUAUUAAAUUAUUAAUAGUUUGGCAGGUAUUCACUGUGCAGAAGGAGAAUACAAAAGAAUUUGCAGUAUAUCAUGUGUUUGUUAAAAAAAAGAUCUUGUGAGAGAUUUUCAGCUGAAAUAUAUUAUGUAAAUAGCAGAAUAUACAUAUAUAAUAUAUUAAUUAUGAUUUUUCUAUAACAUGGUGUGCUUUAAUUGCUGUAUGUGUUGUUUGCUACUGUAUGUACAUUGAAGUUAAAGAGAUGUUUUACAUUUUCCAUUAAAAAUGGAUCGGUCAGUA